AUGCAACCGAAACCAGAACUCAUCCGAACCAUAGCCAACCGCUACGCCGCGAAUCUCACCCUCUGCUUCCCUCUCCGACGAACCUCUCUCCAACUCGCACGUGCCAUCCACGCAAACAUCAUCAUUUUCGGGUUCCAGCCACGUGCGCACAUCCUCAACCGUCUGAUGGAUGUCUACUCCAAAUCUUCUGAACUCCGUUACACACGCCACCUGUUCGACGAAAUUACCGAACCGGAUAAAAUCGCCAGAACCACCAGGGUCUCCGGUUAUUCCGCCUCCGGUGACAUCGCCCUCGCUCGCUCCGUCUUCGAGGAGAUUCCUUUAAUUAUGCGAGACACUGUGAUGUACUCUGCUGUGAACAUGUUUCGUGAGAUGAAGCGUGAAGGGUUCAGACCAGAUAACUUCACUUACGCGAGUGUUCUUGCUGGUUUGGCUCUUGUUGUUGAAGAGGAGAGAGAGAGAGUGUGCAGUUUCAUGGUGCAGCGUUGA